UACUGUAGAUUUUUAGCACUGGCAGUAAAUAUUGGAAUACAGGCUAUGUUGUUCAUGACCGUUUGUUUUUAUUAUCUAUCUCUUCAUAAAAAAUCAUUUAUGCAUACUUGCAAAACAUCUCGUCGUAGACCGUUUUAUAAUCUUGAUAAGAGAAUAAUAUAUAUUUAAAUUAGCUGUUCUAGUAACAUGGCAUUCAUGGCAAGAAUCUCGCAAGCGAAUAUCGUGCAGGCCACGAAAAGACACACCGCCACCGUGUUUUUCUUCCACGGUUCCGGUGGUACAGCAGAAGACAUGAAAGAAUGGAUUAAUAUCCUUAUCAAAGAAGAAUUGCAAUUCCCACAUAUAAAGUUAGUUUACCCUAGUGCACCUACUCAACCAUAUACACCUAGUGAUGGAAUGUUGCAGAAUGUAUGGUUUGAUCGCAUGGCAAUAUCUAACCAAGUACCAGAGAAUGUAAAAUCAAUUGAUUCUAUGUGUCAGAUUGUAUCAAAAUGGAUUGAAAAGGAAGUAGCGGAUGGCAUUCCCUACAACAGAAUAAUUCUAGGUGGUUUCUCAAUGGGUGGUGCGCUAGCAUUUCACUUAGCGUACAGAUACAAGACAGGAAUAGCAGGUUGUUUUGCUAUGUCUUCUUUCUUAAACAAGGGAUCUUUAGUAUGUGAGCAUUUAAAAGCGAAUCCAGAAAGUAGUAAAGUACCGCUUCUUCAAUGUCACGGCACAGAAGAUACGUUGGUUCCUAUUGCAUGGGGUGAAGAAACUGCAAAAAAUCUGGAAAAACUUGGUGUAAAUGUGAAAUUCGUACCGUUGCAAAAUAUGGAUCAUGCGUUGAAUCGUUCAGAAGUGCAGAUAUGGAAAGAUUGGCUCCUCGAUGUUUUACCUGACAAACAGUUGACUUUCAGUCCAAAAUAUUAACCCUUUGCACUCCGGGCCUUUUUCGCGCGGCGUACCAGCAACUCCAGACAUGGUGAGUGAGAGUCACCACUGGAGUGCAAAGGGUUAAUCCUAAUAUUUUUAGCAUACUAUAACCUAGGAUGCAAAACGGUACAAUAUUGUUUAUCUAUUUUUAGGUAAUUAUAUAUGGUUGUAAUAAAUCUGGUUAAAGCAG